AUGUUUGAUGGGAACAUGAAAGAUGGUGUGAUACUUGGUGCUGAUACACGGGAAACUGAAGGGCCCAUUGUUGCUGAUAAGAACUGUGAGAAGAUUCACUAUAUGGCACCAGACAUUUACUGUUGUGGUGCAGGAACCGCUGCUAACACCGAAGCAGUAACUGAUAUGGUCAGCUCGCAGUUGCGGUUACAUAGAUUCCAGACUGGCCAUUACUGCUUUGACCCUUCUCAAGAAACACCUUUUCAGUAUCGUUUCAGCUAUCAAGGUCAUGUCUCAGCUGCUCUUGUGCUUGGUGGAGUUGAUAUCACCGGGCCUCAUCUUCAUACAAUAUACCCCCACGGUUCCACUGACACACAACCAUUCGCUACAAUGGGCUCUGGUUCUCUUGCUGCCAUGUCAGUGUUUGAGGCAAAGUAUAAAGAAGGUCUAACUUUGGUUGCUCUAGCAAUAUGCUCGGGUAUAUUCAACGACUUGAGAAGUGGUAGCAAUGUGGAUCUGUGUGAUCACAAAGCAAAGGCUAUUCAUUCACCAAGAAAACUGAGGUUCUGCUCACCAAAAUCACGCCAUUUAUCUGGGCGAGUCGAAGUUGUAGUAGAAGUGGCUGGUGAAGAAGCUAUGGAGGAAUGAAUCAAUCUGUAUCUCUAAAGAUGGUCUCGGUCCAAUUCUCUGGAGAUGGCUGAGAUUAUGACACUAAGAAGGGUAGGUGGCAUUUGAGGUUAUGACAUAUUAACACGCGUGGGAAUAAAAUAGCAUCAUGAUUAAACACGCAAUCCAAUCUUUGUCUGGACACUCUAGUCUCUACAAGAGAUCGAUCUCUAGGCGUGUGUAUAUAUAUUGUCAUGUAUUUGUUAAUGGAAAUGAAUCUGUUCACUACACCUUUUACAUGGCAUCAGAGCAAAAAAAAAAAUCCUCUUUCUCUAUCUCCAAUGGAAUCAAAAACUUUAACUCAAGACGAGACCAAGAAAGGGUCAACAGAGUUCAAGAAGAAUCAGAAAUGGUACCAAGAUCGAAUCUCCACGUUCCCUCAGGCAAAAGGCUGGAGACCGAAAGCUCCGCUGAUCGGUUACGGUGGCUACUGGAUAGUGCAACGUCUACUUGAAGGUUGGCUUUACACGCAAGAAUUCUUCCAAGCGCGACCCAUUGAUUUUUUCGUUUGUAGCUACCCAAAGUCAGGUACCACUUGGCUCAAAGCUCUAACUUUCGCCAUCGCAAACCGAUCUCGCUUUGACCAUUCUUCAAACCCUCUCCUAAAACUCAACCCUCACGAGCUCGUUCCUUUCUUGGAGGCCAAGUUUCCUUUGUUCCCUCAAAAUGAUGUUCUUAAUGACAAAGGGAACACUCUGUUUGCGACUCAUCUCCCACAUGGUUUAUUACCCGAAUCGAUUUUGGAAUCGGGUUGUAAGAUGGUUUACAUCUGGAGAGACCCAAAGGACACAUUUGUCUCCAUGUGGAGUUUCUUCCAAAAGGAAAGGUCUGACAAUGGCCCUCUCAAUAGUCUUGAGGAGUCUUUUGAUAUGUUCUGUCGAGGUUUUUCUGCGUACGGUCCUUAUCUAGAUCAUGUCAUGUCGUACUGGAAAGCUUACCAAGAAAAUCCAGAUCAGAUUCUGUUUCUCAAGUACGAGACAAUGAGAGCUGAUCCUUUGCCGUAUGUGAAGAGAUUAGCUGAGUUUAUGGGUUUUGGAUUCACAGCUGAGGAAGAGGAGAAAGGGAUUGUUGAGAGAGUUGUGGAUCUUUGCAGUUUCGAGACGUUGAAGAAUCUUGAAGCCAACAAGGGAGAGAAAUACAUUCCUUCUGGCUUUUAUCCGAAUAGCGCAUAUUUCAGGAAAGGAAAGGUCGGAGAUUGGCAGAACUAUCUGACUCCCGAGAUGGCUGUUCGAAUCGAUGGGUUGAUGGAAGAGACAUUCAAGGGCACCGGUUUGCUUGAACAUUGUAAAUGAUUGAUCUUUAUAAACUUAGAUGAUCUUUAGUUGGAAGAAGAAGUUUUGCCCCUUUGAUAUGUCUUUAUCCAAAAUGUACUGUUUCUAUGAAAACAAAAUUUGGUUUUAU